GUCACGGAAUUGAGAGAGUUCAGAGAGAGAGGGAGAAACGAGAGGAGAUAGAGAGAGAAACUUAUCCCCGUUCUCUCACUACGAAACCUGUUUUAUGGCGGUGCAAGACCCGGAGAUGAACCGCAGAGACGAUCCGGAAUCAUUCGGCGAAGGCCGAAGCAACGCUCUACUGGCCAAUACGCGGUGUGGUUUUUGCUUCCCUUGCAUCGGCUCACGGCGAUCCUCCGCCGCCGUCGGAUUGGCCUGGUGGGAGCGAAUCCAGACCGCACAGGGCGACCACUGGUGGAACCGCGGAAUCAGAGCCUUCAAGAAGCUCCGCGAGUGGUCGGAGAUCGUCGCUGGUCCGAAGUGGAAGACCUUCAUCCGGAGAUUUAAUCGGAACAGAAGCGGAGGAAAUCGGCACGGGAAAUUCCAGUACGACCCCUUGAGUUACUCCCUCAAUUUCGACGAAGGUCUGGUGCAUAACGGUAAUUCCGAGGAGGACGAUUACGCCGGUUUUCGUGACUUCUCGACCCGAUACGGCACAGUUUCGGGUCCGCCGCCGGUUCAGCCGGUGGCCAUAGGGCCGCGUAGUAAUGACGUGGCGGUGUUCGCGUGAAAGGGGAGCUAACUUGCGCCGCUGGUGCCAACGGGCAACGGCUAAUUGUGCGCUGGAAUGUCCGCCGUUCUGAGCUGGAGGGUUGACCCGGUGACGUCAUGUGACGGCGCAUUUAGACUUUUAUUACUGUUAUUAUUAUUAUUAUUAUUAUUAUUAUUAUUAUUUUGUUGUUAUAUAGAUAUUAUUAUUUUUUAAUUCAAUUUUAAUGAUUUUGUUUCCAGAGAUUGGUGGUGUACUUACUGUACAAAAGAUAGGGAAAGGAAAGAGAUGAGGAUAAGAAUGUUAUAGUUGCAAGUUUGUAUUUGUAUUUGUAUUUUUUUUUUUCUUUUUGAGUAAAAAAGUUUGUAUUAAAAUU